AACUCACCUCAGGGGACAAAUUUGUCCCCAAAGACGAGUAAAGUUAUGAACGCAUGCGCAGUGUCUCAGAGACCAGACGGUCCCACAGUUUGUCGAACCAAACCGCUCACGUUUUUUGUUUACAAUAUUAAAAUAAGUAAUAUAAACAGGAAGAGUGUGUUGUUAUUAUUAGCCUAUAUAUUCUCUUGAGGAUUUAAUUAUGUUCUAGGCACACAAAAAUAUGACACUGUGACAUCGGCACUAUGUAAAAAAGAGAGUAACUUUUCAAAAGUUUUUCCUUCUUUAGUAUUUUUUUUGUCCUUGUCAAAAAAAAACUGGGAAAUUUAUACAUGAGAAUGAGCUAUAAUAUUUGGCGCCUUCAGAGAUGCAGUACUUUACAUAGUUAUGUCACCAUUUAAGAGCUGCAUUUUUUUUUUUUUUUUUGGACAGAGUGCAGAUCAAAUUCUCUCCAUAGUUUCACAAAGGAAGAGGAUGUAUAUUAUUCUGGUCUUAAGCCAUCUUGUUUCACCACAGUGUCUGUACUUCUACCGGCUGUUUUUAUGUUCGUCAAUAUCAUGGUGUGUCCAGCUCUACUGCUUCAGUCCUUCAUCUGGAUCUCUCUGAUGGGAAAAGGUGUGCAGUAUGACGUGACUCAUAUCGUCAGCAGAAUGUGUGUGGUUCAGCAGUCAUCAGUGCUCAUACCCUGCAGAUACACUUCUCCAACCGAGCAGGUGAGCGCAGCCGAAUGGUUCUUUGAGAGAUCACCGGAGCAGAAGGUCAGGGUUUCUCAGGACCCCGUGUUUGAAAGCCGUGGGGAGUUUGUGCAGCCUGACGCGGGGAACUGCUCGCUGCUGCUGAAGGACGUGAGAGAGAGUGACGCGGGCAUCUUCAGGUUUGUGCUCAGCACUGCUUCCGGGCGAAAUUGGACAAACGAUCAGGGAAUCCAGCUAGAAGUAACAGAUGCGGAGCUGGAGGUAAAGACCGAGUCUGAUGUUGUGAUGGAGGGAGACUGGAUUUUGUUAGUCUGUGGUUCAUGCAUCCCUUCCAUGACUGUACCAACCUACAUUUGGAGGAAAGAUGGACAUCUGCACAAGCAAAACCAAGGGGACAACAUACUUGUUUUGGAGUCUGUCGAGCUGCAGGACGGAGGACGAUAUUCCUGCACCAUAAGCGGCCAUGAGAGACUAAAGUCCACAUCUGCUGAAGUCACUGUUAGACCUGGAUAUCCUCCAAAGAACAUCUCAGUGUCCAUCAGUCCAUCUGGUGAAAUAGUGGAGGGAGAUUCAGUGACUCUGAGCUGCAAUAGUGAUGCAAAACCAGCUGCAGAAAUCAACUGGUUUAAAGAAGGAAAGCCUGUAGAAUCUGGAAGAAUCUAUAGCAUCUCAAACAUCUGCUCUUGUCACAGUGGAGAAUACAAGUGCAGAUCCAGAAAUAAACAUGGAGAGAUAGAGUCUGAUGCAGUGAAGCUGAAUGUGAUGUAUGCGGCUGAAAAAAGCAGCUCAUCUGUGGUCGCGGUGGGAAUCUCUGCAGCUGUUGUUUUGAUGUCUGUGAUUCUGGUGGUUUUCAUCUGGCUCUUGAUCAGAAGGAAACGAGCGACUCCAUCAGAAGAUCAAAACCCCAGAGGAUCACGACACAGUAAGACGCUGGAGGCUCCUGAGGACACCUACAUGACCCUUGACCCCCAGUCCAGAUGUUCUGAAUACGACACACUGGAUAAUAUGAAGAGAUCCUGUGAAAACACAGAUGACCUUGAAGCUCAGGAUCCUGCAUAUGAAGACAUUGAUGACUGAUUAAUUCAUGAUAUGAUUCUUUUUUUAAUUAUUGAUUUUCUCCUAUAGAUUCACGUAUAGCAUUAGUAAGAUUUCCACUCUCUCUGGCUUAGAAUAAAACAUUACUCGCAUAAUGUAUUGUUACUCGCAUAAUGUAUUGUAUGAUGGACACAGACUCUGAUUUUUCAUCUUCAGAUUAUGAUACAAUAAAUAUAUGAUAUAAUAAAAAUAUAAUAAAAACAUC